AUGUCGGAACAUCGGAGGCAAGCUUUUGCAGAGGUUUACGAAAGAGCGAAGGUUUUGCAAGCUAAAAAAUGCCAUGAUGGCGCCAUAAAAGAAUUGAAUAAAUUGAUUGAACUUUCUGAAAACAUUAAAAAUGAGGACGAUCUACCAAAAGUCCUGAUAGCCCGCGCGUGGAAUGACAGAGGACAUUUGAAGUAUUUGCAAGUCGACUUUUAUGGUGCUGUGGAAGACUUCUCUCAAGCUAUACUUCUGGAUAACGAGUUUGCAGUGCCUUUCUAUAACAGAGGGCAGAUUCAUUAUAGAAUGGGUAUGUAUAAAUGUAACUAUGAAACCUUAUAGUUACGAAGCUUGAAAAUAUUAGGACUCUUAUAGAUGUAUAACGUAGCUACGAUGGGAUGUUCAAUUUUAUCCUUGGUUUAAGUUUUAUUUCCCUUUGUUUUGGCUUUAGAACAUGGCUAUAGAAAUCUCUUUCAUAUACCUUCUGACUGAGUCUUGUGGUGGAGCAUGUUUUUUUUUUCCAUAGUUACUUUUUAUUUGUUUAAUUUGUACCUUAUAUUUACUGAAUAGACUGCAGUAGAUAGUCUUUGAUGAAUUUCUCACUGGCUAUGAUGGUAUCUAUAUUACAAUCGGCUUUGGGUAGGGGUUCUACGAGGCCAGAGGUACCUUUCAACGAAGAGUGACUUAAGUCGCCCCCCCUCCCUCCCUCUGCCCCAAGAACUAAGUUUGUGUGCUCAAAGGGACAGUGUCCCAAUUAUGCACAUGCAUGUACAAGCAUCAUCUGUUUUUUCUUAAAAAGACAAUAGAACUGUCAUAUUGAUGCAACAAGAUUUCAGUUGGGACUGCACCUCCAAUGGAGACUUGUUGUUUACAUCAUCAAGUGAUAUUUUAGACUUUCAAAGAAGUCUUUCGCCUUAUUUAAAAUUCAGAUCGCGGCACAAAGACUUAUCGCAGUUUUGUUGCUAGCUCGGCCACCUUGAGACCCAAAAAGCUCAUUGCCCUCACUUUUAAAACAGCUUUUCUGCUGUAAAACUUGUGACAGAGGUCAAUUUGUGGCAAGUCCGACUCAAGUAAUCUUUGCUCACAUUCUAGCCUCAAAAGUAAUGUGUGAUCUCAUUGCACUCAUUUCCCUAAACAUGUAGUGCCAUUUGCUUGAUUUUGUUGGCAGUAGGGAGGUUUAUUUAAAAGUUUACUAAGACAGUCGUUGCAAAACAUUGUGCCUCACAAAGCUUAAUUCCACAAGAUCUUAUUGGUCACAUCUAAGUCUUUAUGGUUUCUUUCUUAUAUAGCCUUUAUUCAGUGCUGUUCCAUUUCUGUGUAUUCCUUCCACUAUUAUCUGAGCUUCUAUGGAAGUGGGCAGGAGAAAAUUAAUGAGCCUUCAACUGGUAUUAAAGUGCUUCCAUUCUCUUGAUCCUCCAGCCAAUGGCAAAGAAAGGAAUGCCAAAAAAUCCUGAUUUCUCCCAAAUCUAAACUUAAAGGGAACAAUAUAUCAUUGAUCUGUAAUUCUGAGAAGUUUUAGUGCAGAAUCGAACUCAGCCAAGUGCGAUGCAAAAGUAUUUUUCAAGGUUCUCUUACUCUUUUCGCAUCUUUUGAAUUAGUGACAUCCUGUCAGAAAAUCAAAGUUUUGUACAUGCACAGUAAUGGGAUACUGUUCCUUUAACAACAGUCUGUUGCGCAUUCAAAUGAAAAAUAUUGCCUAAUAUAUCUGCAGGGAGAUACAAGGAUGCAGUAGAAGACUUGAGAGAGGCCAUCAGAAUUGACCCAAGCUUUGAAGAUGCUAAAAUAUAUUUACACCAAGCAAUUCAAGACUGGAAUAAUACCUUGGAAAAUUGA